ACAACUCAGGGCAGGUGUUAAAUUUCAUGAAACGUCAGCCAGUAAGACGUCCACACCUCUCCCUGCUUAGAGAUCCUAAACAGCCAAAGCAUUAAGACAGCCAGGAAGUUCCCAUACAGCCAGUUACAGAGUGAGUCCAGUGAGAGACGUACCGUACUAACACACAUCUUCUACUUAUUAAUAGUGACAGCUCUCUGAUUCCGACAAUGUUACGGUUACUCCUUCUGAUUUUGACCCUCACAGUUAAGCUUGCUACACCAGACAUUACUGAAGGUUCAGGUGGAUUGGUAACAGAUGAUACUGAAUCUGGCGAUGAUACUGAAAUGGAGUUAGACGCUGUAACAAAACCUCCUAAUCUUGGAUCAGUCAAAGACGUGAGCAACGAUGGAACCACUACAAGCAUCAUCAUAGCAGCAGUGAGUUUGGUUGCGCUGGCCGUCGUGGCGGUCAUAGCUGUGGUUCUUUUCAGACGUUAUUUGCAUAACCAGGAACAAGGUGUGUACACUGUACCAGUAGAACAGGGCCAAAAAGGUGUCUGAUCCAGCGCCGCUUCUUCCCGGAUCUCAUCGGGGACGCCCCAGCACAGCCAUAAACACCAGGCUCUUAACUCCAACCAUCUCCUCUGUCCCACUCACCCCCUGUCAAACCACGCCUGCUGCUAAACCCUUCAUUUAUACCGCCGUCAUUAACAGCGACCUGGGCUUUUCAUCCUCCGCUCAUGGGCUUAUUCUUGUUUUCAGAGGGAUCAGGUUUAAAUGAAUGCACUCUAUUGUUCAAACGUCCUCGUCGAGUGUUUUAUCGUCCACAUCACGGACCUGAGAUUUAUUUUCCUCCACUUUUGCUGUUUUUUUUGGGUAAGGACGAGGUGUUUCACUGUCGGUUUUAAGUCCCUGAACGUGACACUUUGCCUUAGCCGAGCUUCGUUGUUCUUUAUCAGCUCUACGUCUGGUGCACUUUAAACAGCUGAAGACCAUCAGCUGAACGUUCUGCUUAUUUACCUCUUCUGGUAAAUCAGCGUUUGUCAUGUUCAGCACAUUAGUCAUAGCAAAGAGUUGUUUUGUUCUCCUCAGAGCACCGUGUUUGUUCUCCUCUGACAACUGUCUGUUUAUGUUUUACUAUUAUAGCUUUUAUUAGAUUUAAGACCAAAGGUUAAAUAAUAUUAUGUAUAAUAUAAUAUAAUCAAUACUGUUUUAAUAUAAUUAUAAUUUUUCCUAUUAUUAUUCUGGACCUAAAACUAAUGAACUACUCUAUUUUCAGAUUUUUUUAGCGUGUCCAAUUUUUACCCCAUUGCGUUACGCUUCCUCUCUACUGGUGCUGACCCCCGCCCCGAUUGAGGAGACCGAACUGACACACGCCCCCUCCGACACAUGCACGAGGCGAGUUCAUAUGCGGAUCAGCCUUGUGCACGGAGAGCCACACCCUGUCUACAUUAAUCAGCAAGCAAUCAGCCAGCAGAGGUCGUAAUUGCAUCAGUUAUGAGGUCCCUAUCUGGCUCUCUCCCUGGAUGAACAACAAGCCAAUCGUUGUUCAUGUGGCCGCUCAGCCCAGCCGGAUGGCAGAGCUGAGAUUUGAUACGAUGUAUUCGAAAUCCCAGCUCUGGUGUGCUAGAGUGUUUUACCGCUGUGCCACCUGAGCAGCCUAACUACUUAUUUUUUAAUGGUUCCUAAUAAUUAGCCCUGCUAAAUGAUCUGCUUCAAUUUUACAAUAAUUCUAUUAUGUAAACAGUUUUUCCUAUUUAUUUAUUUGUUUAAUGCCCAUAGUGACUGCAGGGUAAUUGUUUAAUUUGCAUGACCUGCUGGCUUAAGAGAGACAAAGUGUAGUGAACUUUUCUUUUAUUUUUUAUGUGUUUCUAGUUCUUUUGUGAGUGUGUGUGUGUGUGUGUGUGUGUGUGUGUGUGUGUGUGUGUGUGUCCUCUAUGCCACAAAUAAACCCUGUUAGAUUUUCUUUUUUGAGUGGGGGUACGAUUGCAUCUGGGCACUUUUUCUAAGAUGAAUCUCUUUGAGGCAUCGCUGCAUGUCAUGUCAAGAGGGGUAAAUCUCACCUAUUAACAAGGUGUAAUGCAAUAAUCCUCACAUUCAUUCCAUUUUCUAGCUUCAGGUCUUUCAUAUAAAUAAGAAAAACGUUCUGUUUGCUGACGCCUCGAGGUGUUGGAGCUUGACAGGGAAAUAGAAGUGUGUGUGUGUGUGUGUAUGGUGUGUGUGUGUGUGUGUGUGUGUAGGCUAAUCAAUGUAGACUACAGUACAAUGUAGAUAUACAGUCAGUCACUAAGAGUUUUUGCUUUUGUGCCAUUUCAUAUAAACAUUUCAGUAGUAUUUAGAUGCUCUUUAUUUAGAUUUAAAGGUUUAUGAUUUUUUCAUAUAGGCAGAAUUUAUAUGGUGGUGAUUAUUUUUUUAAAUAAAUUUUAAGUUUUUUUUACAACCAGCAGAUCUACCUGUUCUAUCCUAAAACAGAUUAUUUGAAGCUGUAUUUGUCUAAUUAUUGGACUAUAAUUAGGAUUAUUUAUUAUAGCACUUAUGAGUGCAAUAAUAUAAAUACAGGGUGAGUCAAAAUGAUGUUAACACUUGAAUGGCGGAAACCAUUUACAGUAGACCCUUGACUUACGAAUUUGAUUGGUUCUAAAGGGCUGUUCUUAAGUCAAAAUGUUUGUUAGUUAAACCUAUUUUUCCCAUAAGAAAUCAUGUAAUUAGAAUUAAUCUGUGCCAGACUUUCCAAACCCCCCCUUACCUAACCUUUCUAAUGUCUUAAAUGGUCUUUUUUGUUAUAAAUACAAGUAUAUUUUCCCUAAAAUCUUAAAUUAUAGAAUAGACAUUACUGUAAUAAACAACAAUACACAGUAGUACUGUACAUAAAAACACAUCACAUUUCAGUACAGUACGUGUGCUGUACCAUACACCAUAAUACAUUUCCUUCUUUUUUCAUAAAACGUAUCUACCAGAUAUAACUCUCAUAUUUCUCUAUUAUUUCCUUCUUUAUUUCAGAAGUGUUGUAUUUUGUAGGUGUAGUUGCACGAAAGAAGAAUACUUUACUGAGCCGAAUUUCUUCUUCUCUCUCACUCACUGUCCUCUCUGUCUGAUACACAGUGACAGCUACUGGCAGGAGUAAUUAUACAACAUACUUCAUAUGUGUAAGAUGAUUUACAGUCUUAACCUAUUCGCCAUCAUGUUAAACACACAAAAACCAGCAAGCGACAGUACCAGCCUGGACACACAUUUUGUGGGGAAUAGAUCCAUUAGUGUUAACAAUUUUGACUCACCCUGUAUAGAGGCAAAACAUCAUGAUCAGGGAAAUAAAUAUUGAUCCGAUGGUAGAUAUUUGUGUGAAAUACAGCAGAUCUGAUCAGCAGUGCCAAAUCGGCUGACUUGAAAUGCCGACCUCACCCUGAAACAUUAGCUGAGACUCAUUGAUUUCAGACCAACGUAAGGUACUCUUCAGAUGUCUUGUAUAAUCCAUGUCUCAGUGGGUCAAAGCUGUUUUGACAGCAUAUUAGGCUGGAUAUUUUAUUGUUAAACAACCAUUUAAACAUCAAAUUAUGCUGUAUAGAGUCAGUCGACAGCUUCUGAUCACUUAAUACAGAAAUAUCAGGUCUUGUUAUUUGUAAAUAAUGAUCAGUAGCAUCUUCUUAUAUUUUAGGUUCAUUUAUUUUUUAUGUUGUAUCACUGGGUCUCUUGGUGUUGAGAAAGUGUUUUGUUGAUAUUGUUGUUGUAUCUGAUUUGUUCUGUCUUUACAUGUGUUAUAAAACAAUAAAUUUGUACAUUAA